AUGGCUUCAGCGAUUCCUUAUGAUCCUUACGAUGAUAUAGACAACAAUCCGUUUUCAGAACCGGUCGAUACAGCUGAAAAUGCAAGGGAAACGCAGCCCUCAGCAAAUCAGGGCCAUGAAGAACAAAGCACAACCCAUGAAGAACAAAGCACAACCCCAGAAUCGGAUUCUAAGAAUAAGAAAGAAGAAAAUCCAGAACAGGAUGUUUCCGAACUUCUUCCGGAACGGUACUCAAAAAAAUUCCAAUUGGUGGUGAAAGUAAGCGGUUUGGAAAGAGUAGGGACGUAUACUUAUAAAAAGGACAAUCCGACAAUUCAGUUUGAUGUUUCGACGGAUUUGCCCACAUUCCGCAAACAGCAGCACCGCAACGUUAAGAAGACCAUGACCGAGUUUCAAAACCUCUUUACAUUUUUGAAUGGGGCCGCCUCUGAAACUUUUGUUCCAGCUCUUCCUCUUCCUAGCACUAACUAUGGGAUCAGCAACUCCGAGGAUUACAACAAAACGGUGAAAAACUUUCAAGAAUGGUUUGACCGUAUUGCAGCCGAUCCAAUUCUACUCCGGAGCGCAGAACUCGCGUUUUUCAUCGAAAGCGAUUUCAACACAUACACACCAGUUGGUAAAAUGAAAAACUCGCCAGUUUCGGGGCUGAAACGCAAAACGCUCAAGCAACUGACCCCGCCAUACGACGAGUGUCUUGAACUCGCAGAGUUCAGGCCGCUGGUAAAGUCAAUUCACCAUUUGAGUAAAGAUAUUCAAGCCAAACUAUUAAAACUAUGCAAGAUACGCAAGACGCUUUCGCAAGACGAAAGUGCUGUUGGACAGGGAUUCAAAGAGCUGGCCCAGGACCCAUCACAAGCUAAAUCGCACGGAAAAUUAUACACCAAGUUUGGAAAGACUUUAACUGCAGUAGGUGACAUCGAUAGCGUUAUGGCGACGUUGGAUGCGGCUACUCUAUACGAUGGGCUAGAGUAUAUCGGCGAAGAAACUUAUACCGUGAAAGAGGCUCUAACAAAUCGCCACUUUCUCAUGCGUGAAUUGUUGCAAGCGCAACAAAAUUCCAAAUUCAGACAAGAACAAGCUCGCAAAUUGCGCGCCAAGAGGGAUGUCAGUCCUCUGAAAGUUGACGAUGCCAUUCGGGCUCUCAAGACCGCCACUACUGCCGAACAUGAAAUUACGUUGAAAUUACGCCGCGUUACAGCCAACAUGUUGUUGCAGAAACGGGAAUGGCUGGAGUGGUUUGACAAAUUUUUGGUCAACUCGAUAAAAGAAUAUACAAUGCGCAAGAUUGAAUACGAACGCAAAAAACUUUCGCUUCUGGAAAGGAUACGAAGUGAUGUUAGAGCUGUUGAUGAGUCUGGAGGGCUGUCGCGGCUUGGGCGUGGUGCCCAUGCCGGUCGAGACUUAUCUACAACGAUGAAGCCUUCGCAGACAUCAAAGGGCGAUAGUUGGACAAGUGAUCCAAGAUCGCACGCGUUCGAACCUUCCGUUUUGAAGACUGAAUUUGAUGCAUCUCUAGACACUGAGCCAGAGGGCGAAAGCGUAGUGGAAGAUCAGUAUGCGUUGGAUGCCAGGAGUGCAGCUCAUCUACUGGGCACGAGCACUUUUUAG